AAAAAAUCGACAACCCCAUAAAAGUGGAGAGAGGUCGUCUCACGUUCCAUACUAUGCUCGCUCUCCCUUCUUCUCGUCUUGUUCCUUCUCACCACUUUCCCAAAACCCAUAUCCAGAAAACUCACACGCAACCCCACUAAAUCCGGAUCUACCUCACUAACAAUGGCCUCCCUUUCAUCAAAUGCUCACCCGCUCGAUAGAAAAUCUUCUCUAGCUUGUGUCGCACCUCUAGAAGCAAUUCUAUUUGAUAUUGAUGGAACAUUGUGUGAUUCAGAUCCCUUCCAUUAUUAUGCUUUCCGUGAAAUGCUUCAAGAAGUAGGUUUUAAUGGUGGGGUUCCUAUCACUGAGGAAUUCUUCAGUGAGAAGAUAGCUGGAGUUCAUAAUGAGUAUCUUUGUAGUAUCCUCUUUCCUGAUUGGGAUAUCGAAAGAGCAAGACAGUUUUUGGUAGAUAAGGAAGCCAUGUUCCGAAGAUUUAUAUCUGAAAAGAUAGAACCUCUUAAGGGCCUCCCUAGGUUGCGCCAAUGGAUUGAAAAACCAGGCUUCAGAAGGGCUGCAGUAACAAAUGCUACAAAACUAAAUGCCGAGCUAAUAUUAUCAAAGUUGAAGCUCACGGAUUUCUUUGAAAUUGUUGUUCUUGGAGAGGAAUGCAUACGAGCAAAACCAUUUCCUGAUCCUUACUUGACGGCUCUUGAAAAGCUUAACCUGUCAAACGAGCAUGCUUUCAUCUUUGAGGAUUCUGUUUUGGGAGUGAAGGCUGGAGUAGCAGCCGGAAUGCCAGUAGUGGGUUUAGGCACAAGGAACCCCGAGGAAGCAUUGAUUAAUGCGGGAGCCUCCUUUGUUAUUAAAGAUUUUGAUGACCCAAAAUUGUGGGAAGCACUGGAAGAGAUUGUGAAGAAGGUGGAGUAACAACGCUUACAACUUGAAAUGCAAUGACAAGGAACAAGGAUAAAGUAGCAAAAGGUGUAAGCUUCUAAAUUUCUAAACAAAUAACCAUGCUGUACUUGUGUAGUAUAGUGUUCUGGCACCGGGACAUCCUACUGAAAUAUGGUGAUCCUGCUCAAUCUUAACUUCAAAUCAUGUUUUUGUUGUACGUUUGAAAGCUCAGUCAAUAAAACCCGACCCCUAUGAUAUU